ACAAGAAUUCAAGGGUCUACUGAUCCGGUUGGAAAGGCUAAAAGGUUUACGGGCAAAUGGAAUUGUGAACUGGUCGGCUACGGUCCUCGGCUUGUAUAAAAUGGAUGAUAAAAGUGUUCCACUAGAUAAGCUUAAUCAACAUUAGGCCAAAAACAAAAGGCUAUAUUCAAUUGAAGCCUUCGAUAAAAAAACCGAGUACUAAAGGGAUCAAAAAGAUCCAGAGCAACUGAGGUCCAAAUAUAAUUAUACCAAUGGAAAUCACGCUAAGACCCUAUGAACUAUCAGAUAUCGAUGACUUCAUGGAAUGGUCGUGUGACGAUGAAGUGAUCAGUCGAACAAGAUUGAGGCACUUCAGUUCAAGAGAAGAUGCAUUGAGCUACUUAAAGGAAGUAGUCAUUCCCCGCCCAUGGUGCCGUGCUAUUUGUUUGGAGGGCAAGCCAAUUGGGUUCAUAGCAUUCAAGCCAUGUUCUGCCAAUGAAAAAUGCAAAGGGUCAAUCAGCUAUGCUUUGGGCUCAAAAUACUGGGGCAAAGGUAUUGUCACAAAAGCUGUGAAAAUGGUUGUUCCAAUUGUGGUUAAGGAGUUUCCAUAUGUGGAGAGAGUGCAAGGUCUUGUCGACGUGGAUAACAAGGCUUCACAGAGGGUAUUGGAAAAGGCAGGGUUCCAAAAGGAAGGUACCCUUAGGAAGUAUCUCAUUCUCAAUGGAAAGACUACUGAUGUUUAUGUAUUUAGCCUAUUGGUCACAAAUGCAAAACCCCCUUGCCCCAAUGCUUGGAGGCUAAGAAAAAAGCAAGCCAAUUUCACCUUAGAUAAACAAUUGUCUGGAUUUGCCAGCACUGAUAUUAAGGUUCCCAAAGGCCAGCUAAAGGACACCAUAUCAGUCGAUACACAGCAGGAAAAUUGGCAAAGCUGUCACUUGUUUACGUCCAAUCCCUUAAAGUCCAACUCUCCCAUCGUGAAAAAAUAUCUCUCCAAUACGAUUCAUCUCUUUUCCAUCCAAAUUCAACUUGCCAAAGGCGACAAAUCUUUGCAGAAAAUAGACUCUUUCAUUGACUUGUGUCAUAUCUCAAUUCCUGCAAAGGCGAUGAGGAAUGAGCACUUGGAAAUUCUGGGAUUUGAGGGACGUGUUAAAAGUUUGAACUAG